AUGCUAGAUCUACUCCGAGCUUCUGCCGAGGCCAAGCAGCUGGUUCGCGAAUCCGACGAAGAGAAGAAUGGGAGCAGCAAGGUGUCGGAUGCCGAUUUCAUCGCAAACUUCGAUUUGUUGAAGAUCUUCAUUGCGACGAGCAUCAAUCCCGAAUUCGGGAUUCCGGUGCUGAGUGACUUCAGAGUGGCACUGGUCCAUCUUUCCUGUGUUCACAAACUGCAUCCGGAAGUUCGCAAGCGGGGAUUGGGCCUUUGGCGAAGCUGGACGGCUACGAGGGCUGUUGUCGGGGCCCGGAAAACUGCAAUCUUGAAGAAGAUGUUCGCCCGCCAAAUGCAGUGGGUGACAGAGGAUGGCGACUGGGUCGACCGGAUCGAGGCUGAUGUGGGCCACGAUCCCGACGGAGCCGCUGCAGCGCCUGAGAGUGAACCGGACAACGACACCUCGCCCGCCGAUGAGAUUGAGCUGGACAACGAGAUGCACCGCCUGCUGUCGUCACAGUCCAUCAGCAAGGAUGGGGAAGACAUUCGGGAUCUGUCAGUCGAAGCUAUGCUCAAGGAGAUGGACAUCAGCGAUGACGACUUUGCAGGGCCCGAGGAUGUGCCACACCCCUCCGAAGUUUUCACGCCAAAGGAAUUGGAAGAUUUCGAGAAGGAGGUGCCACAGCCCUCCGAAGGUAUCACGCCAGGGGAAUUGGAAGACUUCGAGAAGGAGGCUGAAGAUCUCAAGGACGAGAAGGAGAACGCCAGUGGGGCAGCUAUGGGCUGGAAGGAUCGCGAUCGGAAAGCUUUGGUGCCGAACGAUUUGCCGGAUGAGCUACUAGAGCUUCUUAAGCCUCAGAAUGCUGACGAGAUUGAUGCGAACUCCACCCUCACGAAGCAAAGGGAGAUCAAGCACACGGCCAAAGCAGAAGCAGCAGCAGCGAAGGCCAGUCUUAACUCAACAAUCUGCAUUCAUGAUCGAUAUCAUGAUCUAGAAUACUCUUUUCUCUUUGCAACUGCUAGUACAGUGCAGGUUUCUGGAAAAGGAAAGGGCCGAGGCAAGGGGAAGAAGGGCUUGAAAAGGAAGGCUACUGAGGCUGAGCUGAAGGAAGUCAGCACCCCGCCGCCGACUGAGAAGGAGGCUCCAGCAAGUGACCCGCUCCAGAAGAAGAGCAGGGGCCGGCGAGGGAACAAGCAGGCCAAGGCUGCAGCAAAGGAGUUCGCAGACGAUGAGAAGCAUGAGGACGCAGCAGAGGAGGUCGCAGACGAUGAGAAGCAGGGCGAUGCAGCAGAGGAGGUCGCAGACGAUGAGAAGCAGGACGUCGCAGCAGCAGAGGGGGUCGCAAACGAUGAGAAGCAGGACGUCGCAAAGAAGCCCGUCAAGACACGUCGGGGCAGAAGGUCCGGGAAGAACUUGACUCCCGAGCAGUUGGAAGCAAAGCGGGUAGCCAUGGAGAAGUCCCAGGCCGUGGCCGACAAAAACCUUGUUACGAUCAGAGCCAUGGCAAACCAGCACCCGGAGUUGCAGCCACAGCUUGGGUUCACAGCCAAGAGCUUUACAGUUUGUCCACCCCGUGGCGAAGAGGACUUUCCAGAGAUCAAUCCUAUCACUGUGAACAUUGACAAAAAGAAGGGGUCCACAGUGUCGUGGCUGAAGCACGGCGGUGCCUCUCGGGCGUGGCUCCUGGCAACCUUCCUGGCUGGCUGGCAUGGAGAUGUGGAUCCGCUCGACGAGCAGUGUUGA